GGCUAUAAGUCUUGCUUGACAAAGGGACAUGAAGAACAGAGUAAAGCUGGUCACAGUGAAAGCAUAGAGCAAACAACACACCAUGGAGACGGCGUUUUCUAUUGGCGUCAUAAAUCAUAUCCUUUAUUCAUGUAUAUAUAUUUUCUCAUCCAUCGUAUGCCAUGAUUGUUUUUCCGGUACGCACAUCAUGCCUAGUCUUACUACAACUCAAGUCAUUUCAAAGACACGCCAAGAAGAAGAGUAAGAAGCGAAGCCAAAAACAUUGGUGCAUCAGCACAACGCAAAGAAACGAACGAGCGCUAGGCUCUCUUUGAUCGUACACA